AUGAUGCGCCUGAUGUUUCUAGCAGCCGCGGUGUUUCUCCUGUCCGCUCCUGCAAGCGCCUCUCAGGGGGACAAAGAGCCCGUCUAUCGCGACUGCGUCAAACAAUGCGUCCGGACCAACUGCACAGGGGCCCUACUGCGCGGAUUCCAGUCCUCUCAGCCUCCAUACAUGGCACUCACUGGUACUUUUGUGCUCAACCACAUUUGCAUCUCUCUGCAGGUUUCCCUGAAUGCAUGGUUCUGGUCUACAGUGUUUCACACGAGAGACACCUAUUUAACAGAGAAGAUGGACUACUUCUGUGCAUCAGCUGUCAUUCUUUACUCGAUCUACUUGUGCUGUGUCAGGACGUUGGGCUUGCGUAGGCCUGCAAUUUCCAGUAUGGUGGGAGUUCUGCUCAUUCUGGCCUUCACAUCUCAUGUGUCUUUUCUGACCUUUGUCAGUUUUGACUAUGGGUACAACAUGGCUGCCAAUGCCACCAUAGGCAUAAUAAACCUGUUGUGGUGGUUGUGCUGGUGUUGGCUGAACCGCAGGAUUUUGCCGUACUGGUGGAAGUGUGGGAUGGUGGUGCUCUUACUGCAUGGCCUUGCCCUGCUGGAGCUGCUGGAUUUCCCUCCUCUCUUC